GCGUUUUUCCCCUAAAAACCGGAAGCAGGAAAUGACCUCUGUGACCUUAUGAGAAAUAGCGAGAACCAAAGAGCAUUUUGGAGUCAAGCCUCUAAAAAGCCUCUCUAAAACAUGACGGAACAGCCGGCAGAAAAGAUCAAACCGCACUUCUACCGUGUGGAGCUGAACCGGACGAUAUGGGAGAUCCCUGAGCGCUAUCAGAUGCUGACUCCGAUCGGCUCAGGGGCGUACGGACAGGUUUGCUCAGCAUUUGAUCAGCAGUUGCAGCACAAGGUGGCAAUAAAGAAGCUUGCCAGACCAUUCCAGUCCGAGAUCCACGCCAAACGCAGCUACCGCGAGCUCAGGCUGCUCAAACACAUGGAACAUGAAAAUGUGAUUGGACUGUUGAAUGUUAUGACCCCUACUCUGACCUUUGAAGAUUUCCAGGACGUGUAUCUUGUGACGCCCCUGAUGGGUGCAGACCUGAACAACAUCGUGAAGUGUCAGAAGCUGACAGACGACCAUGUACAGUUCCUUGUCUACCAAGUGCUCAGAGGACUCAAGUAUAUUCACUCUGCUGGGAUCAUUCACAGAGAUUUGAAGCCCAGUAACAUUGCUGUUAAUGAGGACUGUGAGUUAAAGAUUCUGGACUUCGGUCUGGCCAGGCUGGCAGACGACGCCAUGACGGGUUACGUUGCGACGAGAUGGUACAGAGCGCCGGAAAUCAUGCUGAACUGGAUGCACUACAACAAAACAGUUGACAUCUGGUCUGUGGGCUGCAUCAUGGCUGAGCUGCUGACGGGGAGAACCCUCUUCCCAGGAACCGAUCCUACGUGGAGUCGCUCCCCAAGCAGUCGAAGAAGGACUUCCGUGGGUACUUCUGCGGAGCGAAUCCGGACGCGGUUGACCUGUUAGACAAGAUGUUGAUCCUGGACACAGACAAGCGGCUGACAGCAGAGCAGGCCCUGGAGCACCCGUACAUGCGCCAGUACCAUGACCCCACCGACGAGCCCACCGCAGCCGCGUACGACGAUUCAUUCGAGAAGAUGGAACUGGGCGUUGCCGAGUGGAGAAAACUGAUGUAUGAAGAGGUGGAGGGGCCAGGCAGAGGGGCAGCAGGAGAGGGGCUGGGGCCGGAGGCUAUGGAGCAAUGACUCCCAUCAACAAACAUCUCAACUCUAUAUUAGGGUGUUUUAAAGAUUUAGACUAAGUUUCUGUACUUAGUCUAGUUUCAUCCAGCUUUAGUAGUCUGAAUUAUGUUUAGAUGUGUUUGGACUUCUGUAGACAUUUAAUCAUUCUGAUUUCAUCAUUUUUAAUGCAGUUGUCAUAGUUUGGAUAUACUGGUAAUAGAACUGUAAGUGUAAGUCUACUUAAGUCUCCAUCUAUUUUAAGGAGGUUGGAUUUAAGGGUUUUGCACACAUACAGUCCAAGAUUUCAUGUUAUGCAGAUAGAACAUGUGACUCGGUUAGCAGUGGAUCAUAUGUUUUAGAAAGUGUAUGGUGCCCUAUGUCUCUCUUAGGGGGAUAUGCCAUAUCAUUCUUUAAGAAAGACUGCAAUGGGACACUCAAAAAUUUAAGUCCAAAUUUUGUGUUUGAAAUUGCAGUUCAACUUUAAUACAGAAUGACUUCUACCAACACAGAUGAACUUUCAAGCCAUGCUUUGAUCUCAUUCUAAUCUACAUGUGUAUUUCAUAUUUCAAUUACAUUCAUCAAAACGACUUUAAUUAUUAUUGCUCACCCACCAUUUACAUGUGAUGAAAACAAACGAUUGAUCGAAUAGCUGCAGGAUUCUGUGGAAGAUUGAUGCUUACAAAUUGAUGUUGAGUGAAAUUCUGGAUUUGAUCAAGAUAUUAGUAUAUGUGUCUUGAAGCUAUAGUGAGUGAUAUGGUUGAGACAAUUUUGUUUUGUGGAUUGUCUUUUCACAAAUAUUGAGUUUAUAGUUUGUUUUACAUGUCACUAAUACCACCAGGUGUUAAAAUCAUGUUUUUGGCAGCUGUACACAACAAUGUUAAUUUUGUAUAAGUUAGCAUUUUGAAUGUUCCCUGUGAAAGUAAAUUUAUUACAGUCUAGCAACUAGCUUUAACACUCCUUGCAAUGUCAACUGCUUAUGCAUGUUCAUUAAUCAGUUUGUUGUUAGUUGGAAAAAAUUUGAUGAGUUAAUACAGCUCCUGUCACACACAGCCUUCCAAACUUGUCCAGACAACUGUGAGCGAGGUCUUCUGUGUUGGAGUUUGGUCAGUGAGGUUGACUACAUGUCGUUUUAGUUGUCUUUGCCAGCAUACGUUUUGUAGUCGGUAAAGUCAUAUUUAUCAUGGAUAUGAUCAAGUCAGAGGGUUUACUGGGCUAGAAUGGAAUAGAUUCCAGGCUAGUUACCCAAUGUUGACCUUGGUUGACCCCUCAAGGUCAACCGCUUGGGUCAUAAGCAAGGUCAUAUGAGGGAAAGUUCAGAAUGUGACGGGUUCAAGAUUCACUAAACUAGCUUAGAAUUUUCUGCAUCAAGAAAAUGAUUUUAUACAGUAUCCAUGGUAAAUAACCUCUUGUUGCACAUCUGGAAAUUUAUCUGCGAUAAUAGUGAAACAUCGUUUGAUUCUGUUAACUUCACGUACUAUAAUGUCUAAGUUUUCUUAUGUCUCUCUUACUUUAGACACUAAAUCAAUAUAGUAACGUUACAGUUCAUUGUUGUUGAAAAUUUACCUUGUGGAUUAAUUAAAUUAUGACAUAAUGUAUAUAACAGCAGGGGGUUACUACAAUCAGUACAAGAUUAUAGUCAAUGCAAAACAGAGUCAUUGUGGGUGACUGUGUUAGAAAACUUAAUGAAAAUUCAUUGUACGAAUUGUGUCAAACUUCAGUACUGGCACCAUAUGAUUGUCUCAAUAGCACAUCAUUUCACAGUGCUUAAAAAGACUGUAAUUUUUCUAUUGAAAGGUGAACAUGCACCUGUAGCUAAUCACCCUUCCCAAAACAAAAUAUGUGAAGUACAAAAUGUAAGAACCUUUGCAUGCAGAGUUGAAUGUACUUGAUAGUAACUGGAGGUUUGAGUUCCAACUUCCAGGUAUGCAUAGGUUAAACACCAAUGAUCAAUAAUACAGAUGAUCAUAUAAAAUCAUGUGAUAGACACAUAUUCUGUUGUAAAUACUAUAUAUUAAAUUUGCUAGAAUAUUGCUGGAAUACUAUUGGUCUAAUGCUGCCACAAAUAAAAGUGGUACAUGUACAUGUCCUAGUUGGGGCUCACACUUAUUGUACAGUCAUAGGCCACAUUGAAACAGUCCCAUCCCAUUUUAAAAUAAGAUUUAGUAAAGACCCUCCAGUCUGCAGCAACCACUCCUUGGUCACCUGCCAUUUUUCCUAUAUCCCUCACGUUUUUGUGUAGAGACCAAGUGUGACUCUACAACUGCAGGUGUAUAGUUUACAUGUACAUGUACAACUUACUGUCAAAUUUUGAUGGCAUUCCUGAGGCACUUGUGGAUUUGUCAUGCAAAAUUCAGCAGUAUUUUUGUUGGAAAUUGUUGUGGUAUUGAUCAUUUUCGGUAGCCAGUCCUGUCCAAACUUCCCUGAAAGCCGCCCUCUGGUGAAACAUAUUGUACUGUUACUGCUAUACUUUUACUGUAGAAAUCUUUAACUAGAUCUACUCUAUGAAAUGUAGUUGAGAGUUUUUAUUGACUUUGAAAUUUUGAAAUAUGUAGAGGCAAAGUUUGAACAGACAAGACUUAAUGCAUUGAUAUACAAACUGAGCGCAGGAAAUAAUGUAAGCAACAAAGGAGUAUGUAAAAUCAAUAUUAACCAUUAUUGUCAUAAAUAUCAAAUUUUGCAUGACACAUGUUUGGUAUACUAGCAGUGUAUUCACAUUUCUUGAGUUACUUCAACAUUUUUAUUUAGAUUUUCAGUGCUGUAAAAUUUUACAUAGUCUUAGACUAGAAUUUUGUAGUACAUCUUAAUAAGUUUGCCUUAUUUUCAAGUCUUUCCCCUGUAAACUUGAACUAGCCGUCUAUAGCAACCACAGAAUGGCAACUGUUCAGUAUAUGUGAAAACCUUUUUGAGUGUAGCCAUGCAAAAAUGCAUCAGCAUUACCUUAAGUUCUUUUGUUAGCAAAACUUGUCAGUAGUGAUUUGUAUGUAAGAAAAUAUGUAGACUCGAAUUAAGAACUAUUCUUAACAGUUAUUUUGUACAGAGAGUGAAAGAUAAUUGUAUCAAAGAUAAAGCAUAUCUUGAGUAGGAUUAGCCUCGUUAGAGGCCUUCCACAAGGGCUGGCGUUUUGUUUGGGGGAGUGAUGAUUUGUCGUGUCUCGUGGUUUCCGCACAACAAUAACUGCCAGCACUCAUGGAAGGCCGCGAAGGAGGCUCGGUAGAGAAGACAGUGGUUGAGUUUUGUACAAUAGGAAGUAACUGCAUGGGUCACUGAUAUGAUAUUGUAUUGUAAAUUGUUAUGAAGAAGAAAUAAAUCUUAUUGGUGAGUA